AUGAAUAAUAUGACUAUCAGUCGGGAACUUGAAAUGCUACGUCAAGAAGUUACUAGAAUUCAAAUUUUUCCGCCUCCUAUUAACGACUUUGAAAAUAUUGUCAAGUUAUUUAAACGAAAACCGUCUCGCAGAAAAGUUCACAUAAAGUAUCCCGUGCUAUUGAAUUUUUUUAUCAAAAAACAAGCGCAACAGACAUAUAAACAGUGCGUUAUUGAUAAGAUUAUAAGAGAGUUAUGGAAUUCUACGACCAGAAAUAAUAGAAUAAUAUAUAUCGAUCUAUGUAAUCAAAUAAGUUUAAGGAUUAAUAAUUAA